AUGAUCAACACCGACUCCCUAAUCCCCAACCCCGCGCACAUCCAAGCCGAAACCAUGCUGGCCCGCCAAUUCGGCCGGGAAACCGCCAACUACUUCUCCAGCUCCCCCCUAAACCGCCUCUCCUUCCUCCGCUCCAACCAUCCCUUCCUCUCCGCCGCCCUCAACCACCCCUCCACUCGCUUCGUCCUCCUCAAGGACCUCGCCCCGCUCACCCAGACCGCCUCCCCCGCCGAGCCCUACUACGCCCGGUAUGACGAGAUCCAGCCCCUCGUGCCAGCCACCAUCUACGACCAAUCCGAGGAAGAGAUUCUAGCCGCGUACGACUCGCGCAAGCCGAUCCUCGCGACACCGAUUUUCUUGGGAUUGGACGAAACCUCCCCCAAAAGUGAGGGGGCGGCAGCAUUCGCGUGGAAGAUCUACGCCGGGACGCCGUAUUUCGCGCUGGAUGUGAGCGGGCCGCGUGGCGGGGAGGAGGUGCAGCAGCAGCAAUAUAGAAAGGUGGUGGAGGCGUUGGAGGCGAAGGGGUUGAGCUUUCUGCAGGCGCGCGUGGUUAUGAGUUUUGCGGCGGAUCAGGCGGCGAUCUACGCGCAAGCCCGUGCCCUAAUCGACUGGAACACGCGCAACACCUUCUGCGGGACGUGCGGCGAGCGGACGAUCGCGGUGCACUCGGGGACCAAGCGGGCGUGCCCGGCGACGGACGCGGCGCGGACAGCGGCGGGCCUGCCGGCGGAGCGGCCGGCGUGCAGCACGCGGACGACGAUCUCGAACCUGAGCUUCCCGCGGACGGACCCGACGAUCAUCGUGGCGGUGAUAUCGGCGGACGCGCAGCGGAUCCUCCUGGGCCGGUCGAAGCGGUUCCCGCCCAAUUGGUACUCGACGCUGGCCGGGUUCAUCGAGCCCGCGGAGUCGGUCGAGGACGCGGUGCGCCGCGAGGUCUGGGAGGAGGCCGGCGUCACGCUGUCGCGCGUCGUCAUCCACUCCUCCCAGCCCUGGCCGUACCCGGCCAACCUGAUGAUCGGCGCCAUCGCCCAGGUCAGCGACGCCGCGCACGAGAAGAUCAACCUCGAGCAUGACCCGGAGCUGGAGGAUGCCAGGUGGUUCGACAUUGCGGAGGUGGAGGAGGCGCUGCGGAAUGGGGUCAGUGCGCUCGGCGAUGGGCCGGGCCCCGAGUAUAAGGAGGGCGCGUUGCGGUUGCCGCCGCCCACGGCGAUUGCCAACCAACUCAUUAGGGCGGCGAUCAGUAUAGAUCUCCUUGGCGGGGAGAAGAACUCGAAGAUUUAG